CCGCGCGCACGCCGCCCCUUCCCCUUCCCCGUCCCGCCCCGGCCGCCCGCGCCGUCAGCUGCUCUCCGACCCCCGACCCAACGCCUCGCGGGUGGAGGAACCUGGGUUGGGCCCGAGCGCUCUGUUAGCCAGAGGCAGGCGGAGGAGACCGGCUCGGCCGGGGGCGAGCCGCCGCGGGUGCUCUGCACGCCGGGGAGAGAGGUGGGAGGGAGGCACAGUUACGCGAGGCCGCGCGGAGUAAGUGAGCUUGGGUCUGACUCGAGGUCGGGCUCUCGACCGAGACUGGUGGGCAAGGCCCGGGAGCCGGCGUUACCCUCGCUCCGAGGAGCACUGAGCGGACACAGAGGGACGGACCGAGCGAGGACACAUGGCCUCGCCAUUCCUGCCCGCGGGGGCUACCACGGGCGACAGCGGCGGAGAGCUGAGCUCGGGGGACGACUCCGGUGAUGUGGAAUCCCUCCAGAGUCCCGAGACCGAGGCGUCCGGGAGUCUGACAGAGCUCUUUGAGAAGGCUGCAGCGCACCUCCAAGGCCUGGUCCAGGUGGCCAGCAGGGAGCAGCUCUUGUACCUGUACGCCAGGUACAAGCAGGUCAAAGUUGGAAAUUGCAAUACUCCGAAACCAAGCUUCUUUGAUUUUGAAGGAAAGCAAAAAUGGGAAGCAUGGAAAGCACUUGGUGAUUCAAGCCCCAGUCAAGCAAUGCGGGAGUAUAUUGCAGUAGUUAAGAAAUUAGAUCCAGGUUGGAAUCCUCAGUCACCAGAGAAGAAAGGAAAAGAAGCAAAUACUGGUUUUGGUGGACCUGUUGUUAGUUCUCUGUAUCAUGAAGAAAUCAUCAGGGAAGAAGACAAAAACAUAUUUGAUUACUGCAGGGAAAACAACAUUGACCAUGUGACCAAAGUCAUCAAAUCGAAAAAUGUGGAUGUGAAUAUGAAAGAUGAAGAGGGCAGAGCUCUACUCCAUUGGGCAUGUGAUCGAGGACAUAAAGAACUAGUUACAGUCCUGCUACAGUAUAGAGCUGAUAUUAACUGUCAGGAUAGGUAUCCAGGCAAAUGGGAAUGCCCCACAGUGUGGCAGGUGCUGUUCUGCGAACCUUUCCCGGUGGCGCAGAUAAUGAAGGUCAAACAGCUUUACAUUACGCUGCUGCCUGUGAGUUUUUGGACAUUGUGGAGCUGCUGCUCCAGUCCGGCGCUGACCCCACCCUCCGAGACCAGGACGGCUGCCUGCCAGAAGAGGUGACAGGUUGCAAAGCUGUAUCUUUGGUGUUGCAGCAGCACACGACUGGCAAGGCUUAAUCGAAGACUGGAAAACCACAGUCUGUAACAUCAGAGGGCUUCAGUGAUGAAGGAAAACUGCAAAAAAUAAUACUUCUUUUACCACCAUCUUUGGUAUACAUUGGCUAAUAAAAUCAGUUCUGAGGAACUAGGA